AUGACGGUGGAGGUGGCUGAAACCAGGCCUCGAAAAUGCAAAAUGUCCAUCAAAGUGGCAUUCGCAAGUUUGUACCUUGUUGAGAAAAAAUGGCUAUUGGCACCAAGUGAAGAACUGAACGCGGUUAUUAAAACACGUCUGAGGCAAUUGAGACAGAGUUUUACGCAGAGAACUGAAACAAUUCGAAAACGUGAAUUGACGCCCAAGGAAGAAGAAGGAAGUGAAAGUAGUAAUGAAGAAACCACGGACGCGGAAGCAAGUACCACCCUGAAUGCGACUCCUUUGGUUCCGCUUGACUUUGGUGUUGCAGAAGAUAAGAGAAAAUUUACACUUUGGCACAACCCUUCAAGAUAUUUGCAUAUUCAAAGACCAUCAUGUCUAAUUCCACUAAGCCCCAAUAAAGUACCCUUUCUGAAAACCAACGAUGUGAGAGCCUUCUACUUGGUUGUUGUUGAUGAUGGCGGAAAUCUGGUGCCUUCACAGAACGAAGUUGAAGUUCUUGGAUUGCCUAUGAGUGAUUCAACAACUUGGCGUUUCCGUCUGCCUUCGUGGUUGCCAACACCUGCAGACUUUGUCGAAGCAACUAUUGAACCCACUGGCUUAUUCUACAUAAUCUGGCUCUUUUUUGUUAUGCUCGCGUUUAUUUACAAUGGAGUAGCGAUUCCCUUUCGUGAGGCCUUUGACAUCUACGAUGGAGUUGAGUAUCAAAAUUCAUGGUUGACUUGUGACAGUGUAGCCGAUGCGAUUUAUUUGGCAGACUUGAUCAUAAUAAAGCCGAGAGUACAGUUUAUCGAAAAUGGCUUUGUCAUGUUGGACGUUGCGUCGGUGAUUCCGUUUGAUUUGUUGGGCCUUAUCCAUGGAAAACCGACGGCUCGAUAUAGAAUUCUUCGUUUUUUGAAGUUCCCCGUUAUGCUCGAGUUCUUUGAUCGAACUGAUUUGCGCGUCAGUGCCGGUUUUGCGGUCAGAUUGGCCAAGACAAUUAUCUAUCUAAUCUACGUCAUUCACGUGGAAAGCUGUGGCUACUACGCUUUUAACCGUAUCCACGGUCUCAAUGCAAGUGAUUGGUCCAUUGGUAACCAGAACAAUAAUCCGUAUAUUUACUCCUUCUAUGUGGCUACCAAAAUGGCGACUUCGAUUGGCAACCUCCCUCAUGCUACCAAUCCACUUGAGUUCGUCUUCAUGACCGUCUACUGGCUGACUGGAGUCUAUAUCUCCGCCAUUCUGAUUGUAUUUUAUGCCAUUCUGGUGAAUUGUUUCCAGGUAAUCGAUAUUUUGGACAGUAAAAGUGCGGAAAAGGAGGCCUACAAGAAGUUAAUGAACGCAACUUUAACCUACUUAAAGCGCAUAAGGGCACCAGAAAGGGACAUUGACAUGGUUAGGACUUGGUUCAACCACAACUGGAGCCAACAAAAGACUCUCGAUGAAAAUAUGCUGAUUGAUGCGCUUCCAUUGAAGUUGAAGAAGGAUGUGUUGGUUGAUGUUCACUACAAGACGUUGAGCAAGGUGUCCCUUUUCAAAAACUGUGAGAAGACGAUGAUUUUUGAUCUCAUAUGCAAGCUUAAGCCUGUUCUCUUCUUGCCGGGAGCUUUGAUCUGUGAGAAGGGAGAGGUUGGAAUGGAGAUGUAUAUUGUGAAACAGGGUUUUGUUGAAGUUGUUGGUGGGCCAGAUAAUUCAAUUGUCUACGUCACUCUAAAGGAGGGGAGCGUUUUCGGAGAGAUAAGCCUGUUGGCGCUAAAGGGCAAAAACAUACGUACAGCUACAGUUCGCUCUAAAGGUUAUUCGACACUCUUCCGUCUGACCAAGUCUGAUUUCGAAGAAGCCAUGAAGAAUUACCCUACUGCCUACAACCAUCUCAAAAGAAAAGCUCAGAAGAUGCUUACGAAAGACAAGAGGAAGGCAGAUGAAAAAGCAAAGGCCAUUGAGGUCAAAGAAGUUAAAGAAAUGGAAGAAAUUGGACCCAAUGGAAGCCUUGAAAUCAUCCCAGACUAUCGCAAACUUUCCAAAAUGUCCAUGGUUGUGGAUCAGAUAAUGGAACGCAUAAAAAGCUGCAGACUGCAAAACGUGGAGAAAUCAGGGGUCGAACCGGAUGACGAGGCAACGUUAAACGAGGACGUAAGCAGCUUGCCUGAGGAAAGUGUUUCAAGCAUUGAUUCCGAGGGGAAUUUGCAAGAACUGUCAGAUUGA